UUGUGAUUUAUAUUAAUAUACCUAUAUAUACUUCGAGUCUAUUUCAAACGUGAAAACUAAAGGAUUCUAAGAAAAAAUUUUGAGAAGCUCGAAGGCGUCCACAAAUUCGGGGGGCAACAACAAUAUUAUUGGCAUUGAUCGAUUUUCGCAAAUUCACAAUUGAGCGAAGGACUAGUCGUACUGCAUCGUGAACAUCUCACAGUUAACGUUAACGUUGCAGAGAUAUUUGCGGACUUGGUAUUUCUGAGAAAAAUAAAAUAUUAAAAAUGGAUAAGUCCUUAGCUGCAGACCGUUUUUGGGUGGAUAAAGCAAAUUGCCAUAAUGCUGAACGUCAAUAUCACGAACUUUUGAGCAAACAGGAAAAGGUCAAACAAUUAAGCGGCAAAGGGUACUUGAAUGGUGUACAAGAGCCCGCUUGCAAAUUGAAAAAAGUAAAGAAAAUGAAAAAUAAAAAGAAUGAAUAUGUAGCGAAACUAACGGAAAUAUCUACAAAUUCUGAAAGUGAAGAGAGGCUUUUACUAACGGGCUCCCAGGUCAAUGCUCCAUUUGAAUCAAUAAAACUAGUUGGAAAACCAAUUGAAGUUUCGUCUAAACCAAUUGGAGAAAAACCCAAGAAAAGAAAUAGGGGUGCAAAGAAAAAUGCUGAUGUGCUGGUUAGCAACAUUUAUGCUUGUAAUACCUUUCGUUUGGAAAUUAUAAAAUUUAUUAUUUUCACUAGUAGUUGAAGUCGUCGCACCGCCCGAAUUUCAUUUUUUUUUAU